UGCCGCCGCUCUGACAUCCACAUGCUGCUCGGCCUGAAAAGGCAGGGGGGAGCCGGAGGGGAAGCAGAGAACGCGAGCGCGGCACCGACCCGCAGCCCGGCCCGGCACAUCCUCAGACGAGCAGACACUCGGCGAGGCGCUGGGCGAGGUGGAGGUGAGGGCGGGCGCGAGCCGACUCGGAGAGGGGCGCGCUCACUCCCCGCGAUCCCGGCCGCCGCCGCACCGGCAGCAGCAGCAGCAGCGGCAGCGGCAGCGGCUUCCUUCCUCAGACUCCCCUCGAGAGGCUGGCCGAGCGGGUGUAGCCGUUGGGGAAGGCUCCCGCUUGAGGAACCCGGCGAGGGCGCGAGCAGGGCGGCCGCCUGCCACUCGGGCCGUCCCGGCGGUCGGUCCUCCGCCCGCGUGCGGGUCCCGGGUGCCGGGGACGUGUGUCAGUUUAUGCCUCUGAGAUCACACAGCUGCCUGGGGGCCGGCGGAUGCCCAAAGCAAGUCUUGGCUUUUAUUUUUAUUAUUAUUUUUUUUACGCUUGGCUUUCGGGAAAUAUUCGCGAUGUUGUAGGAUAAAGGAAAUGACACUUUGAGGAACUGGAGAGGACAUAGAUGCGUUUUGUUUUUGAGAGAGGAAACCGGUCCCCUCUUCCCGGCUUGCUCCGUCUUUGCUGAUUUCAAGAGCUACCCUCCUCCUGGCGAGGUGGGGAUCCAGCAAGAAUAAAGCUGAAGACGAGCCGCCAGGACCCAAGAGGGAAACCCUGACCAUUAGAAACCUUUGCAGAAGACACUGUAAGCAGGAACGUAAGAGAGGGAAGAACACAAAGACUUAUAAUUGUACAAGAAAUCUACAAAUCCCGCUCUGGAGAGAGUCGCCUUCUCCAAAAUGGAUAUGUUUCCUCUCUCCUGGGUUUUCUUAGCUCUCUGCUUCUCGGGACACGAAGUGAGAGGCCAACCAGACCCACCCUGUGGAGGGCGCUUGAAUUCCAAAGACGCUGGCUACAUCACCUCCCCAGGUUACCCCCAGGAUUAUCCAUCCCACCAGAACUGCGAGUGGAUUGUUUACGCCCCCGAACCCAACCAGAAGAUUGUCCUCAACUUCAACCCUCACUUCGAAAUCGAGAAGCAUGACUGCAAGUAUGACUUCAUCGAGAUUCGGGAUGGGGACAGUGAGUCUGCAGACCUCCUGGGGAAGCACUGCGGGAACAUCGCACCCCCCACCAUCAUCUCCUCGGGCUCCGUGCUGUACAUCAAGUUCACCUCUGACUACGCCCGGCAGGGGGCAGGCUUCUCCCUGCGCUAUGAGAUCUUCAAGACAGGCUCCGAAGACUGUUCCAAAAACUUCACAAGCCCCAACGGGACCAUCGAGUCCCCUGGGUUUCCCGAGAAGUACCCGCACAACCUGGACUGCACCUUCACCAUCCUGGCCAAACCCAAGGUGGAGAUCGUCCUGCAGUUUCUGACCUUUGACCUGGAGCAUGACCCUCUGCAGGUGGGAGAGGGAGACUGCAAAUACGACUGGCUGGACAUCUGGGACGGCAUCCCACAUGUCGGCCCCCUGAUUGGCAAGUACUGUGGGACCAAAACCCCCUCUGAACUCCGCUCGUCCACCGGGAUCCUCUCUCUGACCUUCCACACGGACAUGGCGGUGGCCAAGGAUGGCUUCUCUGCACGGUACUACCUGGUCCACCAGGAGCCACUAGAGAGCUUUCAGUGCAACGUCCCUCUGGGAAUGGAGUCUGGCCGGAUUGCUAAUGAGCAGAUCAGCGCCUCAUCUACCUACUCUGACGGGAGGUGGACACCUCAACAAAGCCGGCUCCACGGUGAUGACAAUGGCUGGACACCCAACUUGGAUUCCAGCAAGGAGUAUCUCCAGGUGGACCUGCGCUUUCUGACCAUGCUCACGGCCAUUGCAACACAGGGAGCAGUUUCCAGGGAGACCCAGAAUGGCUACUAUGUCAAAUCCUACAAGCUGGAAGUCAGCACUAAUGGUGAAGACUGGAUGGUGUACCGGCACGGCAAAAACCACAAGGUCUUCCAAGCCAACAACGAUGCCACGGAGGUGGUUCUGAACAGGCUCCACACGCCGCUGCUCACCAGGUUCGUCAGGAUCCGCCCGCAGACCUGGCACUCCGGCAUCGCCCUCCGGCUCGAGCUCUUCGGCUGCAGGGUCACAGACGCCCCCUGUUCCAACAUGCUGGGGAUGCUCUCGGGCCUCAUCGCCGACUCUCAGAUCUCGGCCUCCUCCACCCGCGAGUACCUCUGGACCCCCAGUGCCGCCCGCCUGGUCAGCAGCCGCUCAGGCUGGUUCCCUCGGAUCCCUCAGGCCCAGCCGGGCGAGGAGUGGCUUCAGGUGGACCUAGGAGCCCCCAAGACGGUGAAAGGUGUCAUCAUCCAGGGGGCCCGUGGAGGAGACAGCAUCACUGCUGUGGAGGCCAGGGCGUUUGUGCGCAAGUUCAAAGUCUCCUACAGCCUGAACGGCAAGGACUGGGAGUAUGUCCAGGACCCCAGGACCCAGCAGCCAAAGCUCUUCGAAGGGAACAUGCACUACGACACCCCCGACCUCCGGAGGUUCGACCCCGUCCCAGCGCAGUAUGUGCGGGUGUACCCCGAGAGGUGGUCGCCGGCGGGCAUUGGGAUGCGGCUGGAAGUGCUGGGCUGUGACUGGACAGACUCAAGGCCCACGGUUGAGACGUUGGGACCCACCGUGAAGAGCGAGGAGACCACCACCCCGUACCCCAUCGACGAGGAGGCCACGGAGUGUGGGGAGAACUGCAGCUUUGAGGAUGACAAAGACUUGCAGCUCCCUUCAGGAUUCAACUGCAACUUCGAUUUCCCUGAGGAGCCCUGUGGGUGGAUGUACGACCACGCCAAGUGGCUCAGGAGCGCCUGGACCAGCAGCACCAGCCCGAGCGACCGGACGUUCCCAGAUGACAGGAAUUUCUUGCGGCUGCAGAGUGAUGGCCGGCGAGAGGGCCAGUACGGGCGGCUCAUCAGCCCGCCCCUGCACCUGCCACGCAGCCCAGUAUGCAUGGAGUUCCAAUACCAAGCCACGGGCGGCCGCGGGCUGGUGCUGCAGGUGGUGCGCGAGGCCAGCCGGGAGAGCAAGCUCCUCUGGGUCAUCCGCGAGGACCAGGGCGACGAGUGGAAACACGGGCGGAUCAUCCUGCCCAGCUACGACAUGGAGUACCAGAUUGUGUUCGAGGGAGUUAUAGGAAAAGGACGUUCAGGAGAAAUUGCCAUUGAUGACAUUCGGAUAAGCACUGACGUCCCGCUGGAGAACUGUAUGGAACCCAUCUCAGCUUUUGCAGGUGAGCAUUUUAAAGGGGGCACGCUCCUGCCAGGGACCGAGCCCACAGUGGACACGGUGCCCGUGCAGCCCAUCCCAGCCUACUGGUAUUACCUAAUGGCCGCCGGGGGCGCCGUGCUGGUGCUGGUCUCCAUCGCGCUGGCCCUGGUGCUCCACUACCACCGCUUCCGCUAUGCGGCCAAGAAGACCGAUCACUCCAUCACCUACAAAACCUCCCAGUACUCCAACGGGGCCCCUCUGGCGGUGGAGCCCACCCUAACCAUUAAGCUAGAGCAAGAGCACAGCUCGCACUGCUGAGGCCGAAGCAAGGACCGCAUCCAAACAGACGAGAAAGACUGCUACCCCGUGGCCUGAUUUUGCACUUUUUCUCCUCGCCUAGUCUCUGUGUGAGCUCUCAGACACCUCCCUCUCGGGCCCAAACCCUGUGUGUUCUUGUCCAUCCUGACCAUUCUCCUUGGGUUCUUCUUUUGUUGAUUCCAAGCCAACCAACCCAACUCUAAUGCUGCAUCUUGGGAUAUGAGAAAAGACAACCCUAAGCGCUUCAUGACUCAAGGCCCAGCCGGUUUUCUUCCAGAGACUGGCCCCUGUCCCUUCCCCUUGCCUUACCCCAUCCCCCCUCUCGGUGGGCAGUCUGCCGGAGCCCUGAGGGGGAACCUGGAUCUGUGUGUUUGUACAUAGAAUACAUUGUGCGUGUGAACAGCUCCGUGUGUGUGUGUGGGUGAGGGAGAGACUGGUUCAUUGAGGGGGGCGUAUGGGUGUGUUCAGAGAGGGCCCCCCUUAACUCUUGUGUUACUUCUCCAGGGGUACAUUUUACAGAAAAUAAUAUACUGUACUAGUUUUGUUUACCUGGAGAAGAGAUUGAAGCUUUUGUUGCCUUAUCUAGCUCUGGCUGGGUUUCUGUUGGCUACCAUUGUCAUCUCCAGGUACCUAAAAAACUAGAGGCCACAUGAAAUGAAAUGUGGCCCUUCCCACCCUAUUCCCAUUCCCAACCCACCUGCCCAGGAGGAAGGUUCCCCCAGUGCACUCGGACGUGACCUGUUGUCGUGUCUCCUGGCGUCUUGGAAGUAACAAGACAGCAGCCAUUGCGUGCAUGCGAACCGCCUCUACUUCCAGCCCUGAAGCAAAUCUGUCUCAUGUUGCCUUAUAAACGAGAAGCUCAUAAUGAAUGUUUAGCUUUUAUUGGUUAAGUCCAACCUUGGAAUAAGUCAUAGAGAAUAACAAACCUGAGACUGAGGUCGGCAAAGCAGUAGCCUGUUGAAGUUUAGAGCAGGAGGGGAUAGAGGGGAAAAGGGAGGAGAAGAAAAGACUGAAAUGUUGUCUUUUAAAAGUCUCCUCACUCCGAUGGAUUCAUUGUGCCCAACUUGGGAUGGAGUCGAGGACAAAGGUUAAAAACCGUCUUCUUGGUAUUCCAUUGGUCAUUGUGACAGCAUUUGUAAAAUACGGGGGAAAGGGAUUGUUUGCUUUCCUCUCAUGGUGUCAAUGUGUGCCUGAAUCUAUAGCCGCUAAAACAUAAGGCUGUCCACCUGACUGACUUAAACAUUACGAGAGAAUAAAAGUCAUCAUUUUUUUAAUGUACCAAUGUGCUACCCCUUAAAGCAUCCAUAGCAUCUGGCCAAUGCACUCCCAUAGGCUGGCCUGGCAUCUCCAGAUGUCGCUGCCUCAUCAGGAGAAGCUAUAAGGGAGAUAAAUCCAUUGCUGCCCAUUUGUCCUUCUAAGCAACACAGGGAGGGGGAUGUUAGAGAUAAAUUGCCUAAUGAUAUUGUACAAAGGAUGGAUUCAAUAAUGAAGUCAAUUGCAUUGAUAGAAGAUGCGUAUUUUAACGAGAUUCCUGGUGUGCUGGGGCUCAGCCUUGGGGUAUUUAUUUCUCACCUUCCUGCUAGCCAUCCACUGGGGAUGAGUAACAUUCUCUCCAAAGAUGGUUGCCUGGGCUCAAAGCCUCCAGGUACCUUCUGAGAACAAAAUACUGAUGAUUUUUUUUUUUUUGGCUGCUUAGGAGAGAGAGACUUUAGCAUUCUUUCAGAAUAUCCACACAGGUCCCUCCAACACACACACUCACUUUCACAUCUGGUUUGUUUCAUCCUCCUGAAAGCAUAGUGCUCCCCCACUCUUAUUCUAUUUCAAAGAGCAAUUCUGUCUCAACCACGGCAGCGCUGCCAAGAAAGCAAAGAUGAAAGGAUAGAGUGAGAGCUACCUUGAGAUUCCAAGAUGUGUCCUACCCCAGCUGAAGAUAGAGAAAGAAGUGGGGUGGGGAGCCCAGGACACCAGGUGAUGAACUCCAUGCUGGUCACUAAGGCUAUUUCAUCUUAGGUGUCCACAUCCAGUCGUGGGGCCAGGCAUUCCCUCAAAAUGAUUGGCAUCCCUGUAGGCACCCCAUGGAGGUGUGGUGUCGGGACAUUACGCUGGAAAAUCCAGCCAGUGUAGCAACUGUCUGAGUUACCAUGUACCCUAGAGGAUUUCCCUGCUUUAAAAGAAGAUGACAACAACUUUGUGAAUUUGCUCUAUCUGUAUCUGAUGCCCCGUGUGGCAUCACCUUUAGGUAUGUGCCAUAGUUGAGACUAGGAGACUGCUCAAAUCUGUGUGACGCCCAUGAUGCACUCCAGCUGGGGAAUGUCACACUUCCCACCCUCUCUCUCUCUCCCUCUCUUCUCUUUCUGUCUCUCUGUCUCUCUCUCUCUCUCUGGGGCCCCAGCAACUUUCAUAGUAUCAUCCAGGUACUAUGCUAAAAGGGCAGCUCUUCUGCAAAAUCAUGCCUUGCAGCUUUAAAAAGCAAAAUUCUGUAUUUCAUAGAGGGAGAGAAAGGUCACUCUCUUCUAGGAAAAGAGACUGGCCGGGCGAAUGCAUGCAUGCAUGUGUCUAGAGUUGCUUCUCAGAAGACAAGGAGGUGAUAGCAACUACUAAAAUGUAAAUGAAUGAAUGAAUGAAUUGAAGGUCUAGCUUGACUGGUAAAGUUCUUGCCUUAGUAGAGGUUUCAUGUCAGCAGCUCCAGGAGGAAAACCCUCAUCUCUAGGGUGAAAAAUCCCCUCCUGAUAUGAUGCCAGCAAUCACUCUCCCCUAAUUGCUGGUGACGGCAGGAAACAAAAUCGUAGCCUUGCCAUUGACAAACCAGGAUGCUGAAAAUAAAGUGAAAUUGUCUUUUCCCUUAUCCCACACUUUUGGGAUUAAAGCCAGAAUAGGAUAGGAAAUUCAGUAAUAUUUCUGAGGUUGAUACCUCAUCUUUUAAAAGGCCCUGUCUUUCAAAGGAAACUGGCAGGCAAGCAAACACCUAAAUAACCGAAAAUUACCAAAGAACAACAGCAAAACAAGAAAACUUAAAGAUUUUUACUUCCUAUUCUUCUCCCUUCUCCCUAUAACCGCGACGUCCCCUGCAUUGCUCAGUUGCCUGUGUGUCAAAAUAACUUGUGGACGUUGGAAACUAUUUGAAAAUGUAUUGUGUGGAAUGUAAUAAAAUGAUGAUAUUUUUAUACAAA